UUGUUUGAGCAGACCAACAUCUCAUCUUCCCUUUUUACUCUCUCUCUCCAUCCCCUUCGCUGCUCGAAGCCCAUUUCUCGCUCACAACAAAUCUGCCGUUGCCGCACCAAAUCUGCUCGAAGCUCAUUGCUCGCACGCCAUAAAGUUGUUCACAGGCAUGGACCGGGUACAAAAAAAAAGGAAGGAAAUUGAAAAUGUCUUGGUCAUCGUUGAAGAUUUGGUAUGUCGGCAGCGCCAACAAUCUUUGCUUUUGCUCAGUUUGGCUGAGUAUUUUAGUUGGCGGAGGACUAGUGAAAAUGAAGACGAUAUAACCGUGGUUACUGAUAUGCUAGACAUGAUACCAGAGCAAAUUCGACGUAUGGAUAGGCUGGUGCGUUUUACCGACACGGACUGUGUGAAUAAUCUCCGGAUGGAUCGUAACAGCUUUGGACGGCUGUGCUUGCUUCUACGUGAGCGCAUGGGUUUGGUCGAUCGGAAAUAUGUAAGCGUGGAAGAGCAAGUGUCUAUGCUCUUGAGCCUCCUCGCUCAUCACAAAAAGAAAUGGAUAGUAGGGUAUGAUUUUAUACAAUCUGGUCAGACCGUUUCUCGAUAUAUUCAUGAGGUGUUGAGAGGGGUGAUUGGACUACAUGAGGUAUUCAUGUCUAAACCCACGCCUGUGGACGAGAAUUGCGACGAUCCCCGUUGGAAAUGGUUCAAGGGCUGUCUAGGGGCAUUGGAUGGAACAUAUAUCGACGUCCGUGUGAGUGUUGGGGAUGCACCACGAUAUAGAACACGAAAGGGCCACAUCGCCACUUUACUUUGGCCGUCUGUGAUCGGUUUAUGCGAUUUGUCUACGUCCUAACUGGGUGGGAGGGAUCAGCCUCUGAUUCUCGUGUUCUACGUGAUGCUGUCACAUAGGAAGUUGACAAUCUACGCAUCCCUAAAGGCUGUUAUUACUUGUGCGAUAAUGGAUAUGCAAACAGCGAAGGAUUCCUCACACCAUUCAAAGGUGUGCGGUAUCACUUAAAGGAGUGGGGACCUGCUGCGUAUAAGCCCCAAAACCCUCAAGAAAUGUUUAACAUGAGGCACACCAUGGCGCGGAAUAUCAUCGAACGUGCUUUUGCGGUAUUGAAGAUGAGGAGGGGGAUAUUACGUAGUGCCAGCUUCUACCCGAUCACAACACAAACGCGCCUCAUAAUGGCAUGCUUCAUUCUCCAUAAUUUCAUUCGAAGCCAAAUGCAAGUUGAUCCAAUGGAGUUGGAACUAGGUGAUGCAACUGAGGACCUUGAAGACCUUGAACACGCAAAUGAGGACAUUUCAGCCGGGCCGGCAGGAGAUGGUGGGGAAUAUGUUGAUGCAGUUGAAUCUACUCCAGCAUGGAACCAGACCCGGACCGAGAUAGCCGAGUUUAUGUGGAAUAAUGCGUAACUCAGACAGUAGUUUAUGACACUGCAUACUUGUUUAAUUUUUUUUAACUUCAUACUCUUUCAUGUCAAUAUUUCUUUGUUGACUUCGACAAACCUUGAUCAUCA